AUACACACGGCUCCAAAACAGAACAGAACCCCUCUCCUUUCCCUCCCCGCUCUCUAGCUCCGGCCAAACUCCGGCGGCGCGGCGGCCAACAGAAGGAAGGACCGCCCGAUGGGGAAGAGCAGGGGUCGGGCGUCCAGCAGCGGCGUCCCCGUCGUGGGGUUCGGGGGCUACCACGGCGCCUCCCGCGUCGAGCCCGCCGCCGACUCCGACGGCUCCGUACGCCUGCCUCCCGACGUGGAUGCCGAGGUGCUGCAGCACCUGAGGAGGCUGGGGAGGAAGGAUCCCACAACCAAGCUCAAGGCGUUAUCUACGCUCUCUAUGCUCUUUGCGCAAAAGCCUGGCGAGGAAGUUGUGCAAAUAGUACCACAAUGGGCAUUCGAGUACAAGAGGUUGCUGCUUGACUACAACAGAGACGUUCGUCGUGCUACUAAUGAUACCAUGGCUAGCCUAGUGUCCGCAGUCAAGAAGGGUCUAGCUCCACAUCUCAAGUCUUUGAUGGGUCCUUGGUGGUUUUCUCAGUUUGACCCUGCUACUGAGGUUGCACAGGCUGGCCGACGUUCAUUUGAGGCAGCAUUCCCACAAUCAGACAGAAGGAUGGAUGCCUUAAUGCUAUGUGUGAAGGAGACGUUUCUGUACCUAAAUGAGAAUCUUAAGUUAACAACACAAGCCUUAUCUGACAAGGUUACACCGAUGGAUGAAUUGGAAGAUAUGCAUGAGAGGGUGAUAUCAUCGUCACUGUUAGCAAUGGCAACUCUUAUUGACAUUUUGUUAGGAGUAAAAUUACAAAGUGAUGGCGGUGACAGUAUGAAUACCGAAAGCAAAAGUCAUUCAAAAGUUCGAUCUGCCACAUUGUCUUCUGCUGAAGCUGCACUUUCUAUGCAUAAAUAUUUUAUUAAUUUUCUGAGGUCUAAAAGUGCUGUUAUACGGUCGGCUACAUAUACUCUGCUUACAAGUUAUGUCAAAUAUGUUCCUAAUGUUUUCAAUGAAGAAGCCAUGAAGAUACUAUCUUCUACUCUGCUUGGUGCCUUCAGUGAGAAAUCAUAUGUUGAGCCUUAUCUGAGUUUAUUCGAUGCUGAUUUUGUCCCUUGGUGCUUGGAUGGGAAGUAUAGCACCUGCAGCUCAAAGAUUGAUUUAUUGCUUUCUUUAAUUCAAGAAGAGUGCUUCUUUGACCAGUGGUGUUUGAUCAUCAAACAAACUAGAGCUAAAGAAAAGCAAUCUGUCGAUCAUAAAAUCUCACACACUAAAGACCAAUUUGAACUGCUCACACUUAUACUUCAAAAAGUCAGAGAAAGAAUUGCUGGUGGAAAGAUGAAAAAUUUGCAGAGAAGUGGUUCCCUGCCAGAACAUUGGCGACAUGAUCUAUUGGAUUCUGUUGCAGUUUCUGUCUUCUGUGAUCUGCCUGCUACAGAUUCUCAUGUACAUUUUCUAUGUGCUGCACUUGGUGGCUCCAGUCAAGAUGAUCAAAUUUGUUUUCUUUCUGCUGAGGCUGUUUGCAAAAUUCGUGGAUCCAUUUUGAAGUCUUUGGCAUCGGUACUCAUCACAUCAACUUUUGAGUGGACAAAGUCUUCACGUUUUCUGUUGUUGCCCAUGGAACAUGAGCAUUCCAAGAUUCUAGGGGAACAAUCCUUGUCAGCAAACCUUGAGAUAGCUCAGCUUGCUUUUCAAGUUCUCGAGCGUAGCUUGUUUGCCCUAAAUACACAUGAGGAAUAUUCUGUUUUUUCUCAUAUUCUGUCUGCUCUGUUUAUCAUCGAAUGGGAAUGCAGCAUGGCUUUAGUUCUUGCAGAAGAGAGUGAUUUGAAAGGUCAUAAGGAAGAAAUCAAUGUUGAGGCUUUGAUGUGCAAUACUUCAGAUGAUCAUUUGGAUGAAACAGUACAUCUGAAGGCUAACCUUGCAGAACGUAUACAUGCUUUUCGCCAAAGCUUAAUUCCAUCCUUUUGGAACGACCUUCAUUCAGGCACUUUGAAUAAGCUGGUGAAUAUUCUAGCUCAGUCUGUCAGGUAUGCUGUAUUUGACACGGUAGACUUGCCUAUUGAUAGGACAGCAGUCUUAUGUUCUGAGUGGGUGGUGGACAUGUUGAGACUCAUUUGUCUUGAUCACAUAAAGUUGCAAAGCUUUUUUGAUGCUUUGUUAUCUGAGGGAGAAUAUUGGCCGCUCUGGGUGAAACCUUCUUUACAGAAUGGCCAUGCAUCAGUGAAGAUCCAACGCGAGCCGCUUACAACAGAUGGAACUGAACUUAAACAUCAGCGGUUCGUUGCUUUUGUUGACAAGCUUGUCCUAAACCUCAGCUUUGGUGAAGUGAUUUUAGCACCUCUUUCUUCCUUCUCUAGAGCAUGGGUUGCUGCAGAGAUGAUUUGCACUUGGAACUGGAAAGGAGGAAGUGCAUUUAGCACAUUCUUACCUUCUCUUGUUCAGUACAUGAAAACAGAGCCAGGUCUUGAGGUCAGCUUCGUGUCCCUAUUGCUUGACACAUUGCUAGAAGGGGCCCUUAUGCACGAGAGUAGUGACUGGGCACUGUUCAAUUCUUGGCACCUCUCUGACAGUGAGAUUGAGAAAAUUCAAGAUCGUUUUCUGCGUUCUCUUGUGGCUUUGUUAUUUACUGCUUACACCAAGGAAUCUGUUUUGAGAGAAUCCGAUGCACAUGUACUUUUUGAACAGCUACGGAGUAGUCUUCUUAUUGGUUCAGCAGUAAAUAGAAAAUGUUUAAGGACUCUUCCCUUUGUCAUGAGUACAAUCAUCAAGCCCUUGACAGAAAAAGUGAGAUUGAAUGAAGCUUCUCCGUGCACUGAUUUGUUGGGGAAAAGCAUAUUGAGUUGGCUUGAGGAAGCCAUCUCUUCUUUGUCAUCGAGCCCAAGGGAAGUAGCACAACAAGAUAUCGAGGAUUGGAUGCAAGUGGUGUUAUCUUGCUUCCCAUUGAAGAUAACAGGAGGAACAUCAAAACUGAUAGUUAAGUUUGAACGUGAGAUCAGCGAUGCAGAAACAUCAUUACUGCUUACUUUGUUUUCGAGGUACCAGACUUUCUAUGGUAGCGCAGAUCCAUCUCUGUCCUCUAGGGAAACUAUCCUAUCAAAAACUGUUGAACUUUUGGGAGUGAAACUAACAGCAGUUAUGGUUGGUUAUUGCUGGACAAAACUUGGUGAAACUGAUUGGUGUUUUGUGUUCCAUAUUCUACGUAAGUGGAUAGAAUCGUCUGUAUUACUUGUUGAAGAAAUGACAGACAACAUCAAUGAUGCUGCGGUAAACCAGACAUCCGCUCAAGAUAUCUUGGAGAAGCUUAAAUUGAUAGCUUGCACUAUGGAAGACCUAACAUUUACUUUUGCUGAAUCCGCUUUGGUUACACUGUGCCACCUCAACCUUGUUGACAAUCUCCAUGAAACAGAUAAUUCCCCAAAUCUGCAGCUUAUUAGGUCAGGGGAGUAUGCAGAGAGUAAUGACAAGAUGAUGGAGAAUAUCCUCCGUUUGUUCUUGGCUUCUGGUGUUUCAGAAGCAAUUGCGGGAUCGUGUAGUGAAGAGGCUUCAUCCAUCAUAGCUUCAAGUCGUGUGGAUCAUCUGCAUUUCUGGGAGCUAGUGGCAUCAUUCAUCAUCGAUGCUUCACCACAGAUUAGAAGAUCUGCACUGGACUCCAUGAAACUGUGGGGGCUUACCAAGGAACCCGUCAAUGGACUAUAUUCAAUUCUUUUCUCCUCAGAGCCAAUAUCUCAUCUACAGUUUGCAGCAUACUCUCUACUUAUGUCUGAGCCGCUCUGUCAACUUUCAUUAGUCAAAGGGUCAUCUGUAGGAGAAAUAGGAGAAAUCCCUUUGUCAUCUCAGGAGUCUGAAGUGGGUCAAAAUAUUGAGUCGAUACCAGAUUCCGAGAAGGCCCUAUACCUCAGAGAUGAAUUAACGGCCUUGAUUGAGAUGCCUACUUCUGAACUGGUCAAAACGGAUCUGGUUGCUCUAGAAAGGGUUAAUGUCUUUGUUGCCUGGGCAUUGGUGUUGUCCCACCUGCAGUUACUGCCACUAUCAUCUGCUACCAGGGAAAAAGUACUUCAGUAUGUACAAGAUAAGAUUAGUCCGAGCAUAUUGGAUUGCAUUUUCCAGCAUAUCCCAUUAAAGACUGCUGCACCUAGCGGGAAGAAAAAAGAUGUUGAACUCAUGCCUGAAGCAAGAGCUGCUGCCGAAGCUUCUAAGGGUGCCAUCACUACAUGUUCACUGCUGCCAUAUGUGGAAUCUCUUUGGCCUGUUGGGGUUUUGCAAAUGGCCUCACUUGCAGGGUCAUUGUAUGGGAUGAUGAUUAGACUACUGCCUUCCUAUGUACGCACAUGGUUUACUAGCUUGAGAGAUCGUUCGCUGUCCUACUCAAUCGAGUCCUUCACUAGAGCAUGGUGCAGUCCUCCUCUGCUACUGGACGAGUUCUCUCAGGGAGGAGAAUAUCAAAGUACAGCAGAUGAAACGCCAGUCAAUUGUGACAGUGCUUGGCAUAACUCUCCAAGCAGCUACGAAAGCACUCUGUUCCAUGGCAUUGAGACAUCUUUAACUCAGAGUGAGGUGGAUAUUCUCUGCAAGUCAUUUCCAGAAGAAAUCGUUGCGACGACACAUUGGGAGCCUGGGUCAAUACUCAUUUACGAGGCUACGAUGCACAGUGGAUUCACAAUGCCGCUUCAUCCUUUCAUUGCAAGCAUAGUAAAUGCUUUCGGAAUCUCACCGGCGCAGCUGCUGAAGCACGGAUGGCUAGCAAUGCAAACUUUUCUCACUCAGUGUGACGAAAAGCAGCUAAAACCAUCAGUAGAUAGUUUUUUAUACUUCUUCUCCAUUUUUAAGUCACGUCAUAAAUACGAUGAUAGAGAUCACUAUUCCUUCAAAACCAGAGAGUCUGAUAUAAUGAAAGUCUCUAAAGCUGAAAAAAUUCGUACUGGUCGACAUGAAAAGAUGGAGUGGCAUAAGCGAUUCUUCUUCAUAAAGUCCAAGUCAAAUGAAGGAUGGCUUUUCCCUGAGAAGUGGGCUAGAGGAGGACCCCUCAGCAAAAAGUGUCAGCUCACCGAGGAAGAUCAAAAAGUUGUUAAGGCUUUGGGCGGCAAUCCGACUGCGGAUGAGUGCUUGUCGCCCGUGUCGGCUCCAAGUCCAGCCUUAGGCUCGUCGCUGCCAAAGGAGGUUGAUGACCAAGAGGUGUCUAAGGCUUUGGGUGGCAAUCCAAGUGCAGAUCACUGCUUGCCGCCCGUGCCGGCUCUACCUGCAGCCUUAGCCUCGUCGCUGCCAAAGGAGCAAAGAAUAGAGAAAUCCGUGGAGUGCUCUAGGAGAAUGCAAAACAUAGAGCUUCAAAAAAGGAUUGAUAAUCUUGAGCAAGUCUUGGAGAAACAAGCGAUCCAGAUGAAGAAUAUUUGCCAGCAGCAUGAAAAUGAUAAGAAGCGUUGGGAGACUGAAAGAAAAAAUACGUUUACAACUAUUGAAGCACUAGUUGCGGAGUGUGAAGGUUUGAAAAUAAAGUACAAUGAAGAGAUGGCGGAGAAGAAAAAGCUUCAUAAUAUUGUGCAAGAGCUAAAAGGAAAUAUUAGGGUUUUCUGUCGAUGCCGUCCUUUGAGCAAAUUAGAGGCAUCAUUAGGCUUUAAAACUGCGGUGGAUUUUGAUGGAGCGGAUGAUGGAGAGCUCAGAAUCAUCGAAGGAAAAUCAAGAAGGUUAUUCAAAUUUGACAGAGUCUAUGCACCGGACGAUGAUCAAGCUAAGGUAUUCUCGGAUGCAUCUUCACUAGUGACCUCUGUGUUAGAUGGUUACAAUGUAUGCAUCUUAGCAUAUGGACAAACGGGAACUGGAAAAACUUUCACAAUGGAAGGGACUGAGCAAAACCGGGGUGUAAACUAUAGAACCCUCAGAGAGUUAUUCAGUCUUACCGACAAUAAGAAGCAGUUGUUUCAGUACAACAUAUAUGUCAGCAUGUUAGAGGUCUACAAUGAGAACAUAAGGGACCUGCUUUCACCAUCCAUGGCCUCACCAACCAAGUUGGAAAUAAAAACGGCAAGUGAUGGAUCACAUUACAUCCGUGGAAUAGCCGAGAGAGAGGUAGAUAACAUAGAUGACGCUUGGGAUAUCUUGCUAAGUGGAAGCAAUUCUAGGGCUGUAGGGUCAACUGAUGUGAAUGAGCAUAGCAGUCGCUCACACAGCAUGCUUUGCAUCACAGUGAGUGCGAAUAACCUGAUAAAUAAUGUCUGCACUAAAAGCAAGCUCUGGCUAGUAGAUUUGGCUGGAAGUGAGCGCAAUGCCAAGACUGGUGCGCAAGGUGACCGGCUUGAAGAAGCAAAGAACAUAAAUAGGUCUCUUUCUGCUUUGGGCAAUGUCAUCGCAGCACUUGCUUCCGGCCACAGCCACAUCCCUUACAGGGAUUCCAAACUAACUUAUCUGCUACAAGACUUCUUAGGAGGAGAUUCGAAAGCCCUAUUGCUUGUGCAGAUAAGCCCAUCUGACAAUGAUCUUGCAGAAACAAUCGAUACCUUAAAAUUUGCUGAACGUGCUAUGGGCGUUGAAUUGGGCCCAGCAAAGAGGCAAAAAGGUUAUCUUGCUGUGCGUGGUGGAGGCGUACAUGAAGCUGGGCUCGGCGCUGCUGCCACACCUGGAGCAGAUGCUGGAAGGCACGCAUCUGCAGCUGGUCGUCACCACGGCCCACUCUCGGAGGCGUUCCAUCGGCGCCGGCAAGGACUAGCAGCAGCAGGGAAUUAGGUGCUUGCCGAUGGUUGAUUCAAGACGAUCGAUGCAGGAUGCAAAGGCACCAUUCAUGCAUGUAUGAUCCUGUACUAGCAAAAAUACCCGUACGUCGGGAUAAACAAAUACUACUACUAAAUAUUGUAGCUAACCAUCCGUGUUACCGAGUAAUACUUCUUAUCUUUGUUAGCAUCGUCGAUGAUGAUACCGAUUUUCUCCUAUUUACAGGAACAUAAUCGAUGCAUGAAAAAUAUCACUAUUUAUAACUACAUAGGCUGCCAAAGAGUGUAAUUUUUUUUUAAGAUAAAGAGUGUAAUAUUUUCGUAUAAUAUUAGAUAGGGAAUAUAUCAUGUGCGUGUCUUGUCGAUUGAUGGAACUAUGUCAUUGUCGUCUUCUCCAAACAUGAAAGAAAAAAUUGUACCUCCUCAAGCAAUGUAGCAGUCUUGUGGUAACCAUGGUGAUGCUGAAACAGCAGCAAAGAUCGGCUUGGACAGCGAGGUCUGGCAGGGGUUAGAGUCUGCGAUUACCGCAAUUGUGAUGACUCUGCCUUCGAACACACAGGCUGAUAUUCUGUCGGAGUGGCUUCAGUCGAAGGAUGCCGCGUUCCUGGACCUGACGGAGGCGUUCGAUGCCUGGUGUUAUAGAUCGAAGGUUGCUAGAAGAAGGCUGUCUUUCUUGAACAGCAUCAAUCCGACACCUUGAGCUUGGGCCUGCAGAAAAAAUCAUCUGGAGGGUUUACAGCACUAAGUAUCUGCCUUUUUUUUUUACCAAAACCAAUGAACAUGGUAUUCUAUUGCUUUGCCAUAUGGUCACAUUGUCGUUUGUUGUCAAAAUUGCUUCAGGACCUCCUUAUGAACAGCAGACUUGAUGAAAAGUUUCGGACAUACCAUGGUUGAUGAAGUGAGCAACCUCUAAUCAAUGUCUUGCCGUAUAUUUACACAUGUGGCACAGUAGCAGUACGUGCUACCAAGAAGUGCUCUGAAACUCUAGUGUAUCAUCAAUCGAAAUGUCAUCUUGUGGUUAUGCUGCGAAACUGGGGCUGACACUGAAAUUACCCAGAUGACUGAAGAACUGCUCAUAUUUGGGAGUUAUCUGAAUAUCUGAUCAACAAGUCUAGUGUAUCUGUUUAUUCAUUCCUUCUUUAUCAAGCAUUUUGGAUCAGGAGCCAUCUGCCGGAUCUUUUUCUGUGCCUAAUGGACAGCGGCGGUGCUUUUAAGAGACGGAGGUCUCGGUCGGGAAAUUUGGCGUUCCUGCUUGAGAUCAGACUUUGUGCGGCCUGGAUUGGCAUGGAUCUUUUUCCUACUGGGCUAGCCCCCUUUCCAUUAAUUGCCGAAGGAGAAAGGAACUGAGAGCAUACAGGAAAGCCAGAGUUGGGGCACUAAAAGGAAAUCCUCUGAGAGGUCAAAACCAAUAUCAGCACCACAGCAACCCAGCUAAAGCAUAGCAAAAGAUAAGCCAAACGAGCUAAACAACCAUCAGCAGGGAUUGGCUAAGAACUUUAUCAGACUCCCAGAUUGAAGACGCUGUGUCUCCAGCAGCAGCAGCCAGACUUGCUGCCUUCUGCAUCAACAGCAUUGCUCCUUCGCGCAGAAUCUUCUUGUCCUCCUCGUGUAAGCCUGUCCAGUACAAGUCAGGUUAAGCCUCUUGUCCUUAUUUCCUGUUGCUCGUGUGGUCUGCAGCACUCUUGGUUCUAUCUUGGGCAAUCCUCUUUGCCCAAAUUCUCUGUGGCAAGCUGCUGCUUCGUUCUACUCUUUUUUUUCCUGGUGGUGACGGUUUUUAUAUGAUGUGUUGCGGAUGGUUGAAAAUGAGACCAAUUGAUUGGAGGCGGCAGAGCAUUUUUCGCCCACUUAAGCUGACUGCUGGCCUGCUGUGAAUAUGAAAAAAAGGUAUAAAUGUCAUGUUUCUUGAUUAGUUGGAAACUCCAAUUGUUCAAUCAGCGAUCCAAAUCGGUCCCCGUCAUCUUCAGAAAGAUUGUCGGCACUGGUUCAGAUUGGUGUGCAGCUGGGAAGGUGCAGGUGCAUGACUUGAGGCCGCGGAGCAUGUGUGUUUCCGCCCACUUAAUCUGAUUGUUGACCUGUUGUGAACAUGAAAUAGUAAGGUGUAAAUGUAAUGUUUCUUGAUUGGAGCCUGUCA